AUGGAGUAUGGUUGUGUGGUAUUAAGCCAAUCCCGUGAAGACUCCUGCUCACCUAAAGACUCAUCCCAAGCUGCCACUACAGAGUCGUUCUCCAAAGUUGCUGCCGGCUUAUCUAGAUACUUCAAGGACAUAAUCAUCACAUUAUCCACUAGAUCCGAACUAGUUACCUUUGUUGAUCUUCACAACAUGCUUCUCGAUUAUGAAUUUUUGCAUAAAGAAUUUGAUUCUGCUUCGCUCUCCCUACUCAAGGCAUUUUGCCCACUCCACCAUCUGCCAACUACUCCCAAAAAAUGGGUGACAAUUUCCCUUCUAGUCAAGGUUGAAACUUUCAAGGUAGGGGACGUGAUCGAUACAACAAUAACAACAAGUCCUCUAACAAUGCUCACUUUACAUGACCAUGGAUUCCAUCAUAAUCAAAAGUUCAAUGCCAACUCUAUUCCUUUUGGAAUCAUUCGGUAA